CCUCCCACGGAAGCAGGUCUUCAAGUCCAGGCCAGCCUCUCCCAGCCCUGCUCUGUGGGGUGCCGACUCCCAGGGGACAGCAGGAGGCCAGGCAGGAUGGCUCAAAGCAUGGUGACUGUGAAUGGGGUCGACGUGGACUCUAUACUGUCCCAGCCCACCCACAUCAAUAUCCACAUCCACCAGGAAUCGUUUUUGACACAACUGCUAAAAGCUGGGGGCUCCCUGAAGGAGUUCUUCAUUGGCUCUCGGGACACUAGCCCUCCCACGACCAGGAUAAGCUAUGGGCCACUGGCAGGAGGGGUGACCCAGAUAUUGCUGGGGGCUGUGAGCUGUGCCUUUGGAGUGUUUCUGUACUUUGGGCCCUGGACUGAGCUGCGUGGCUCAGGCUGCGCUUUCUGGGCAGGGUCUGUGGCUAUUUUAGCAGGAGUUGGGACCAUCAUCCAUGAGAAGCAGCGGAGCAUACUUUCAAGCCGGGUGUCAGGCCUGCUCACCCUGGCUGGCAUUGGCACGGCCUUGGCUGCCGUUGUCCUCUGUGUGAAGAGCAUAACUUGGGAAAGUGACGAACUCUUGAGCUCCGUGUGUGAUCGCCCAGCCCCUCCCACCACAACCACUGAUUACAGAUGGAGGCGGAGAAGUUACCGAAACUCAGAUUGGUGGGAGGAUCGGUGUAAGAUCUCUAUGGAGUUACUGAAGAACUUGUUCCUAGGAAUCCGUAUUCUGCUCCUGGCUGUCUGUGCCCUACAAGUCAUUGUAUCCUUGGCUUCCCUGGGCCUGGGCCUUCGAAGCUUGUGUGGCCAGAGCUCCCAGCCCAUGGGUGAGGAAGAAACCGAGAGGAGGCUACGAGGGGAGAAUUCAGUGCCGACCUCUCCCUCCAAGGAGAAGACCACGUCUGCCACGGUUCAGUGAGUGGCCAGAGACCCCGCCGGGACCCCCGUUGUCCCUCCAGAGUAGCUCAGGGCCUGUGGAGACCACAGUGCACUCUCCCAGGGCCCCUCACUGCCUUGUCCCUCAUACUUGUCUCUCCUUAGACCACUGUCCAGCCCCUCUUCCUUUCCUCACCAUCCUCACCCCAGUGCCCUUAAUUCAGUGAAGGCUGAUUAAAUAGAAACAAUAAUAACAAAUACUUUAAAA